UGGUGGGUGGGUCAUUGGGCGUGGUCUUAUGGUUUCUAAUCUAAUUUCCCAAUGAGUGUUCCAGAGGCGAGAAGAGUUUUAAGAAGAAUAGAGCUCGAGGCAUACGCUUCAAUAGUGAGCGCCUUUAGAGCGGAAGGUCCAUUGACGCACGAGAAGAAAGCUGCUCUUACUAAGCUCUGUCAGUUACUGAGUAUAUCUUCUGAUCGUCAUCAUGCUGAAGUUAGAAGAGCAAUCUGUGACGAUCAGCUCUGCUACAUUGCCGAUUGUGUUACUGGAAAUGAGAGUAAACGGUCGUGGCUGCCGGAAGGAAGGAGGACUGGAGGGAGGGGGAACCCACGUCUUGUUGCAAGGCACGUCCUUUCUUCGUCUCUUCAAGGUCAGGCACUGGCAGCUGUUACUGCUUCGACUGUGAAGUCAAGUUUGAAAACUGAAGGAGGAGGAGUAGAUGAAUCAGAGAAGAAACUACCUCCACAGGUUCAGUCAGCUAUAAGAAUGAUUACAAGUCAGCACCAAUCAUCAGCAUCUAAUACCCGCACUCAAAAACCUUCUCCUCUUCCUCCUCCUCCCCCUCCUCCUCCUGUCUCUUUAAAAUCAACUGGUUCCCAAACAGACGCUCUACCAUCAAUAAAACCGGACACUACCACUCCUCACACUACACCAGUACAGAGUGUCUCUAUUGGUAUACAGGUUGACCUCAUUUCAGUUGAUAAAGUUGAUGUGGGGACUCAGUAUGAACCAAUGGAAGAUGUAAUGGAGAUUAAAGAAGAAGAGGAUAAACAGCAACCAGACAUCAAUGAAGCUAACGAGCCUUCCUCUCAAUUGAUCUUGGAACAAACUAACAAGGCACUAGCUGGUAAUGAUGUUAGUGAUCAUACUGAUAAACCGGUUGAUUCUGAGAUGAUUGAAUCAGUUCAGAAAUCAUUAGUUGAGAUAAGUGAACCAGAAUCAAUGCAAGAUGAGUCUUUGUUGGUAGUCGAUUCCGAAAUCAAGGAAAUCAAAGUUGAACAAGCUCCCGUAUCAAGUAUCAAAGUGAACGAAUCAAAAUCAUCUUCUGUGCAGAGUCAAGAAUCAGAUAUCAAUGACACAGUGUCAGUGGUUGAAUCUGAUAUCAUUGUUAAACCAGAUUUGCUCGUCAAGAAUGAAUCAGAUACAUCUAAUGUACAAUCUGCUCCUGAUCAUUCGUUAAAAGAAGCUCCUCCUGUUACUAGAGAGGAAGAGAAGAGUGCAUCAAUAGAAGCUACUAUUACACCCAUCACUAGCAGUCUAUCCAUAAAUACUACAGCCUCCAAAAUCAGUUCAUCAAUAUCCACCUCAUCCACAGCCACCGUCAUUCCUUCCCCUUCAAUUAAAAGACGUCCAUUGAAGCGUCCAAUAAGCUCAUUAGGUCAUUCAUCACCUGAUGAUAUUCAUCCUCCAUCAGCUAAAGCACUUCAUAUAGACACCACCUUAACAACUAGCAGUACUCCACCAUCCAUCACUGCUCCUCCUACUACAUUAUCCACUAGUAGUACAGUAUCUAUCAGUGCUGUAUCUAAUACAAUAGCACCUACUACUACUCCACCUACUACUGCUAUAACUGCCAGCAGUAUUUCUACAACUUCUAGUACUACAAGUACUCAAGCUCCUGUAGUACCAACCAGUUCUUCUACUGUACCUGCCAGUACUAGUGAGGCUGUAGUCCAUAGUCCAUUAUCAGAUACUGAUGAUACCUUUUCAAUUGUUAGUAUUCCAGUAUCCAGUAUUACCAAGUUACCCACUCCUAAGAAGAAUCCUACAGUUGUCAUACAUUCUGUUGCCCCUACAAUCAGUGAUAGCACUAAUGUCAAUACUACUGCUACUACUGUUGGUAGCAUGUUGUAUUCUACUGCUGUAGCUGCUCUAAUUUCCCCUUCUCCUCUCUCUCCCAUCUCUCCAUCUCCUUUCUCUCCCUCGCCUAUCUCAUCAUGCCCUCUCUCUCCUUCUCCUGUUCCAGAAUCACCUCCAAAAACAUUUUCAAAAUCCAACCCACCCUCUCCAAGUAAAAGCAGCAGCUCCCAGCAAACAAACCCCAUCAUUCCUCCAGUUACUAGUCAAGAUACCACUACAGUCAAUACAGAGAGUACCACUCACUCAUUUACUGCUACUACUAGUACAGCUACUAAUAUUACAUGUACUGGUGAUAUAGAUAUUGUUGCUGCUCCAUCAGUGAGCAUAGAAACUACAUGUAAGUCAUUAGAGCCAGCUCCAUCUUCAAUAGAAACAGUACAGGGACUGCAGUCAGAAUCAUUAGAGACAGCAGUGAGCAUCCUUAACAAAGAAGGGAAUGAAGAAAUAAAAGAAGAGAUUGAGAGUGUACAUGUAAAAGAAGAAGAAGUGUUUGAGAGCAUAGAAGAAGAAGAGGAUGAGAAAAUGGAGACAGAGGAUGGUACUACAGGCAAUAUAUUUGACUUUACUAGUAUUCCUAACUCUAAGGGAAUCCUCCCAUUAAAGCCAGAGCUGUUUCAAACUGUCUCUUCUCUUUCCUCUCCUCAUAGAGAGAGCAGUGCUCUUAUCCUCUCCUCUGCUAAUCCAAACACCAUCACAUCAGUUCCUUCAAUAGAGGAGCUCUCAUCAAGCAUAUCAUCACCAGGUGGUGAUAAUCUCUUCUUUCCUGAUAGUGCUGGUCCUCACUUCCCUCCCUCUCACUCUUCCACUCCCACCUCUCCAUUCCCAUCCACAGUCAUACCAGAUGAGAAUGUCCUCUUGGAAGCUGUUACUAAUGAACUAGGAGUGGACUCCAUUGAUCCUUCCCUUCUUAAUAUGUCUGAUCUACUCUCUCUCCUUCAACCUGAUUCUGAUCCUCUUGAUCAGUUGGCUCUCACAACUGAAGAGGCUUCAUCUGAUAUGAUUGUACUCCAACAAAGUGAUGGAAUGAAUGUUGUUCAGAACUUGGACCUCAAUAUAAAUGAAGAGGAACUGCUGGAGGGACUCCCUCAGGAACUGAGGGACAGUGUACAGGCUAUGCUAGAAGAUCAAUAGAACCUUCCAUGUACUGUACAUUCUAUACUUACAUAUUCCAUAAUUCUAUGAAUUAAAUUUUGUAUUUCAUUAUUCAUUUUGUGUGAUUUGUGAGCCAA